UGUACACUUCACUUGAAGCAACAUGGCGGCCCACAGUGCUGUGCUCUCGAUGUCAAAAAUCAUCAGUCCUCUCUGGGGAGGACGCCUCGGAAGUGCGGCUAAAGUUUUGGGGACAACAUCAGUGACAAGUCAGAGGAACAAGUCUAUCCUCACUGGAGAACAUAUCCCCCCUCCUGCUAAGUAUGGAGGCAGACACACAGUGACUCUUAUUCCUGGAGAUGGGAUUGGACCCGAGCUGUUAAAUCAUGUCAGAGAAUUAUUCAGAUUCAGCUGCGUGCCUGUGGACUUUGAAGUUGUACAUGUGAACUCUGCUUUGGAAAACCAGGAUGACAUGGAUAAUGCCAUUACUGCCAUCCGCCGAAAUGGAGUUGCUCUCAAGGGUAACAUAGAAACCAAACACACAUUACCACCUUCCGUGAAAUCCAGGAAUAAUCUGCUCCGCACAAGCUUGGACCUGUUUGCCAACGUGAUGCACUGCCAGUCUCUUCCUGGAGUUCAGACUCGACACAAGAAUAUUGACAUUAUGAUCAUCAGGGAGAACACAGAGGGAGAGUACAGCAGUCUGGAGCACGAGAGUGUUUCAGGCGUAGUGGAGUGCCUUAAGAUCAUCACCCGGAACAAUUCCCUCAGGAUUGCAGAGUAUGCCUUCAAACUGGCUCGUGAGAAAGGGCGUCGUAGGGUCACUGCAGUGCAUAAAGCCAAUAUAAUGAAGCUUGGCGAUGGUCUGUUCCUACAGUGCUGCAAAGAAGUGGCCUCGGGCUAUCCAGACAUCACAUUUGACAGCAUGAUUGUAGACAACACUACUAUGCAGCUGGUGUCCAAGCCACAGCAGUUUGAUGUGAUGGUGAUGCCCAAUCUGUACGGGAAUGUGGUCAGCAAUGUUUGUGCUGGCCUAGUGGGAGGGCCUGGCCUUGUGCCUGGGGCCAAUUAUGGCCGUGACUAUGCUGUUUUUGAAACCGCCACAAGAAACACAGGUAAAAGUAUUGCAGGGAGGAACAUUGCUAACCCUACGGCUAUGCUGCUGGCCAGCUGUAUGAUGCUGGACCAUCUAAAGCUGAAUGAUUAUGCAAGUCUAAUGCGAAAUGCAGUCCUCACCACCAUGAAUGAGACCAGGUUGCAUACUCCGGAUAUCGGGGGUCAGGGCACAACGUUGGAUGUGGUCCAGUCCAUUAUGAAGAAUAUACAGAGUAAGGGACAGCUCACAACAGAGCUCUAGAUGAUCAACGAGAAAAGGACACACGCAUUUAAACUCACAUGAGCCACAGAGGCAGAUAUCUAUACUACAGGGGCACAAUUUGACAGGAUAUUCUUCUAGUCUUUAUGUCUCAUAAAUUAUCAACCUUUUAUUAUUCAUAUCGAUCACCAUCAUAGAAAUGCCUGUUACAUGCAUAAAAAGGUUUACUGUUCACUGACAUUAUCAUUCCACAAAGCCACUAGGCUCACUUCCUGUACUCUAUACAUCUGUUAUAAAUGACAGUUUUUUUAAGUGGUUGUAAUGAAAAAAAAUGUGUAAUUUUCUCUUUUGAUGAACUCUCUUGUCUUGAGUGCAUUUAGAGGGGUGGGUUAUGAACACAAAGCUGCUAAAACCAAACAUCACUCUCCAUCUCAAAAUACCUUUUCAUCCGAAAGUGAAAUGUACCUCCUUCCAUAACUCAAUGUCUAAGCAAAUGUGGAAAUGUGUGGUUUGUCAGCAUUUACUUGUAUAA